AUUAUUUUAUAAUCUUCUUAUUUCUCCAUCUCCCUCCCUUCUUAUAUGGUAGAGGUUCUUCAGCUAUUUUUCAAUAUUUGCUUUUGAACAACAUUAGGAGCAAUGGGUCUUACUGGAAAGCUUGCAGUGGAAAUGGAGAUCAAAUCCUCUGCAGAUGAGUAUUUUCAUGGUUGGGUAAAUCAUGGGUCCCUAUUUUCCACGGCUCUUCCUGAUGAUCUCCAUAAAUCUGAAGUACAUGAAGGAGAUGGAAAGAGCUUGCACUCCAUCAAUUCAUACUGCUAUGUCUUAGAUGGGAAUACAGUUGCCUCUGCUAAAGCCAAGAUGGAAGCCAUAGAUGAAGAGAACAAAUCAAUCACUCUAAAUGCAUACGAUGGACAUGUUGGAGAGCUUUACUGCAAGUACAAGCUGAAUGUUCAAGUCUUUACAAAGGAUGGCAAGAACUUUGUGAAAUGCACCCUAGAUUAUGAAAAGCUAAGUGAGGAGGUCCCUGAGCCUAUUAACUAUUUGGACCUUACAACCAGGUUCUGUAAGGGGUUGGAUGCACAUCUUAAAGCUUAGAACCAAGGAGUUCAACCCCAAUGCUUGGCUUAUAAUUAGUGAUCACAGCUUGCUUAUGAUUGCAACUAAAAUUGUAAUUUUAGAUUAUAUUUCUUGUUCAUGAGUGCUUGUUUAAGGUAAGAAGUUUGUGUCAUGGUAAUGUUUGUUUUCUUACUUCUACAACUAUGUAUUUUGUAAUGAUCUUGGUAUAUUAGAAUAAAAAAUGUGAUCACUGAACCUUUAUAAUAAA